AUGGCCAUCUUCCCCUUCCCGUGGCGGGCCAUGACCGCUAUAGCCGUCAUUACAUCAUAUCUCCUCACCUCGCGACAAUCAGACUGGUCCAAGGGACAGUUCGUGGGUGGCUUCUUCGCUACGUGGUUUCUACAACUCUUCCUCUGGGCUUCUUGGGCCGUAGUGUUAUGGCCCAAGUUCUUCUCGCCCUUGCGCCGUCUCCCAGAGCCAGCGGGAGGCUCGUUUUUCAUGGGUCAUUUCAGGGAGAUCGCCGACAAGCCAACGGGAAUUCCCAUGAGGAGAUGGGUUGAUACUGUUCCUAACAAUGGUCUCAUGCGCUACCAAUCCAUGUUCAACGAGGAGCGCGUGCUCGUCACUGGAUCCAAGGCUCUCUCAGAAGUGCUUGUGACAUCCAAUUAUGACUUCCAGAAGCCCGCCGCUCUUCGCUUCAACAUUGGCCGCAUUCUCGGCGUUGGCGUGCUCCUCGCUGAAGGUGACGAACAUAAAGCCCAACGGAAGAAUCUGAUGCCUGCUUUCGCAUUUCGCCACAUCAAGGACCUGUACCCCGUCUUCUGGAGCAAGAGCCGCGAAGUCGUGCAGGCCAUGACUAACGACAUCAUUUCGAGCACAUCAGAGCCGGAACCCUCAUCAGAUCCUGUAAAGGCACAGAAAUCUGCCAUCAUAGAGGUCGGUGGCUGGGCCUCGCGCGUGACCUUGGAUAUCAUCGGUAUUGCUGGUCUUGGCCGUGAUUUCGGCGCAAUCAAGGACGACAACACGGAACUCAACCAGACCUACCGAAGUGUGUUCACGCCGACGAGAUCGGCGCGCAUGCUGGCUUUGGUCUCAAUCAUUGUUCCAGAGUGGUUCCUUGCGCGGCUCCCCGUAAAACGCAACAACGACAUCGCCGCAGCCGCACAAUUCAUCCGUUCAGAAUGUCAUGAUAUGGUUCAGGAGAAGAAGCAGAAAAUGGCGCGCAAGGAGCCGACUGGUCACGAUAUACUGUCCGUCGCCUUGGAAUCUGGUGGUUUCUCGGAUAGUGACCUUGUCGACCAACUUAUGACUUUCCUGGCUGCCGGACACGAGACGACGGCUACCUCUAUGACCUGGGCUAUCUACAUGCUCUCGAGGUUUCCCAAGAUCCAGGAGAAACUGCGACAGGAGGUUCGCGAGAAGCUCCCCUCUAUUGACUCCGAUAGCGACAUAUCUAGUCUUGACAUCGACCACAUGCCGUACCUGAAUGCCGUCUGCAAUGAGGUCUUACGGUAUUACGCGCCAGUACCACUCACCAUCCGCGAGGCAGCAAGAGACACUUCGAUCAUGGGCCAGAAGAUACCCAAAGGCGUCCGAGUGAUUCUCGCACCCUGGGCUACCAACUUUGACAAGGAGCAAUGGGGACCAGACGCCCAUGAGUUCAACCCCGAGCGAUGGAUGCCGAAGAGCGCAGACGACAAGAGAGCAGCCAGCGGUGGGGCUGCCAGCAAUUACUCAUUCAUGACGUUUUUACACGGGCCGAGGAGUUGCAUCGGCCAGAGCUUCGCCAAGGCUGAGUUUGCAUGCCUGUUGGCGAGCUGGGUGGGCCGUUUCGAGUUCUCGCUCGCGAAUGAGGAGGAGAUGGACGAGAAGAAGAUCGAGAUCAAAGGAGGUAUUACUGCCAGGCCGGCGAAGGGUAUGCAUGUUCAUGCCACUGUCGUGGAUGGCUGGUGA